GUGCGCUCGGGUCUUUUCUUAACGCUUUCCAAAUCUUUGUGGUGAGAACAGGCGGGAGAAUGCAAUCCUGACGGGAAAGGGGAGCAUGCUGCAUGUGGACUGCCCAUAAGCAUGACUCGGGUUGCGGUGCUCGGCUGGGUAACGACUGGAAGGGUCAAAUGGAAAUUACAUCCUUUUGCGUGCGUGUAUAAGAUCCCGCAUGUCUGGAUUUCCAUCUAGAGCCCCGUUCUGCAACUGGGCCUCUUUACAGGUUUACUUACCUUUUAGGAGCAAUUCUCGCUGUUUUUAAUGAGCUUACUUUCUCGUAAUUACGGUAUGGAUUGCAGCCAGCUUGAGGAAGGAACGUGUAAGGUGUUCACUUGGGCGCUGCUUUAGACUGAAGAACUUGGAAACAAACGUCGUUUAUUCACUGGCGGCCUGGGGUUAGUAAUUAGUCGAAGGAGUCGAGUCGUAGGCAGGGGAAACACUGAAGCUCUCCCAUAGUGACAAAUAUUUGCCAUGGGAGUGGCACCAAUAAGCUACCUAAGUGAUCUCUGUUGGCCUGAGGAUGAGGACCAGCAAAAGGGUUCUAAUGUAGGGACGUAUUUUCAAAAUGAAAUGAAAUACAGUGCAGAUAGCCAGAUGAAUAAGAGACACUGCCAAAAUUAUAACUCUGUGAUCCAGAUUGUACCAAUCUACCAUACUCUGAAGUUAGGAACUAUUUAUUUCAUUUGGUACAACAAAUGGGGGGAUUUGUAGCCAACUUCCACUUAGCUUGAUGAAUCUAAUUUGCUACAAUAUGAAGGCACAUCCACUGAAGCACACUUAGAAAAUGGAACCUCUCUUUGAAAGGUUUCUCACUUGUUUGAUUAGAUAUUUCCUGGAAAACAUGGAGUUGCUAGCUGAAGAAAUAAAAUUUAUUACAGACGAGACAUUAGAUUUUGGAUUGUCUUCUCCUUCAGAUGGACUAGAGGAGAAUUUUGUCACUCACCCCAGAGAGCCCAGUGAAAGGAGCUUGGCACAAUCCGUUGACAUGGACAACUUGUCGGGAGAGAGUAGGAGCAAGGCCAGAGAACAGUGGAGCCCCCUGAGUCCUGAAAGAAUGGAGGAAAUCAGGAAGGAAGCCAAUAUGCUGGCUGCACAGAUGGAGAAAUGUCAACUUCUGGAGAAGGAAAACGCCAGCUCUGACUUGAGGCCCGAGAAGGUUCCAGAGUUUGAACCUUUCUCCCCAAUCAGAUUUUUGCGCACAGAGGACGAGGGGACCAGGAAUUCCAGGCGGAAGACUUUCAAUGUGAACAACAGCCCUCUAAUAGCAUUGCUGCCAAGAGUGGGAACUGAAACUUACUUGGCCCAGAAUUCGCCCAAAGUUUGGUUUCCAAAGAAGCAAAGUCCCACUGGUCGUGUUGCAAACGUCCCCGUUUCUAAGAAACUCCCAAAUAAAACUAACAGUUGCAGUGCUGACAGUCAUCUGUUUAAAAAAUCCAGGUCCAGCAAGUCUCCCAAUGUCUCACCAGCAAUAAUGCCUCACAGUGGUAAGAAGUCUCAGGCAUCUAAUAGAAGUAGCAAGAGCCGACCAUCUCCACUCACCCGCCCUGGAACCACGGAAAAUCAAAACCUACCACUGGAUUCCAAGCCUGCCCUUCAAACUACGAAGAGAGGACUUCCGAGGAAGAUGAAGGAAGUUUCUGGCCAAACAUAUUCUGCUCAAGACCCAAAGUUGAAACUGCAGGAUUCACCCUGUGCAGAUACAAUGCCAAUAGCACAUGGAAAAGGAAAGCUGAAACCCAGGAUGUAUCCAUCACAAACUAGCUCUGUGAAGAAGUCCUGUUCUGUUCAAGAUAAAGUUCCUCUUCAGAAGGCUAAAGCAGGUCGGACUAAAACUAUGGGAGGCCAUGUCCCACAACUGCAAGCCAGCUCUGAGCUUCCCCACAACAGUUCUUGCCAGACUAGAACCAGAAGUGUUCCCGCGUCUUCACUUGCAACCAAACUCCCUGUGCCAAAAUCCAUUCCAAAACCAACCAGCCCUAUCAUUGCUUCAGGAAGACAUGCAGCCCCAGGGAGGCCCAGCCAGCUCAAGCCGCUGAGUUCUGGGCUAUCUGGCAGGAAGGGAUCCACAGUGUCAACCCUGGCUGGGAAGAAAGCGUCUGCAUUUAAGCAGACACUCCCUUCUGGAACCUCUCAGAGCAGCAGGCUACAGCUCCCUAAGAAGGCAAUUCCUGGCUCUUCAAGGUAACUAGGUGGGACAUCAUUAAAAUCCCUGGGGACAGGAAUGUGAUACCAAACUUCUUCCCUGUGAGGAUGGAUUUAAGUCACCUGUCUAGUUGCAGCUAAAAGGUUCAAAAAGAGUUUCCAUCAUUGCUUCAGGGAAGCCACUCAUCUGCAGAGCUUCCACUGUGGAUCUCCUCCACACUUAUCACAUCUGUUGCUUAUGUGCAAAAACAAAAUGUUGGUAUUGAGACAAAUAGAUCUGGACUAGGAGACACUAAGCGGUACUGACUCUUUCAUGGUCAAAACUUCCCCGAGCACGUUCGAUGAGUAUUUGAUCUGAAUACGCAGGAUAGGUUUAACCAACCAACUGGACAUCAAUCUAGUGCCUCAUUGACUGGAUGGAACCACUCCCAAUUGCUUAGGAUACUCGAGGAAUAGAGUAAAUUGGUGUUGCCAGAAGGCUUCUUGAACUGCAGGCUGACAAGUUUGGCCAUGACUUGCAUCCUCCACUCUGCAGACUUUCCCCAGAGUGUCUUCUCAUGGCUUCUGAUGUUUGGUAUGCCAUAAUAUCUUGUUAGAAAAAGCCAGCCUUAUCUAGGGCCAAUGCAAUCCUUAUAAUCAGUCUCAGGGGCAUUUAACUACAGAAUAGGGCUGCAUAAGAAUACUGCAUUAUUGCUGGGCAGCAUAUCUGUUGACCUACUAUGAUUGACUCUAUAAAGGAAGACUGAAACAAGGCUGAGCAAAGCAAUCUUUAUAGGGUUGCCACAAAUCAGAUGCUACUUGGGGCUCUUACCAAACACAUGGUAUGAUGGCUAUCUCAAAACACUAAUUUUCUAUGGGUUUGAAUUUCAGAUGAUGCAGAAUUUGGGGAGGGGUGGGAGAGCCUUGUGUUGUUUAAGUUUACUAUGUAUUAAGAACCAGGCGGUCUCCAGUUCUCAGAUUAGUAAUUAAAAGGUUGACAGCUCCUGUAUCAAACCAUUUAUAAUUGUAUAUAAUUGUAUCAUUGUCUUCUUUAUAGACACUCUCCCCCUUAAUCGCUCCUAGAAAGUUGCUUCUCGUUUCAAGCCCCAAUGGGUCAUGUGCUACCAUGAUUGCAGUCUGCCAAGAACAUUUUGGCUCACAAUCAAUUCUGGGCGGUGAGCUGAGCAAUCAAAGGCAGGCCAUGAAAUUAUGCACAGAGACCAGAGUAAAGGAGAAAAAUUGCUGUCUUCCUCUUCAGGCAGGGCUCCUUUAUUGUCAUCAGCUGCAUCACGGGAAAAAAAAUUAAAGAAGUUCUAGGGAAAGCUGCACUCUGCAAAUUUCUGCAGCACAGGCAAAAACUUGUGAAGCUGCUUGGAAAAGGUGACCUUCUUCGCAAUUACUAUAUCAUUCAUUGUAUCUCCUAAAAUGACUUUCCUGUUUCUAAUCAUUUUUAUUGCCAUAUAAUAUACCUUAUUCUGUCUUCUUUAAAUAUCUUCAAAGUACAGCGCACGUUCUGGAGCUAGAUAUCAAACUCUGUCAAGUACUCUGCAGUUUCUUUGUUUCUCAAUGGAGGUGGCUGUCACCCUGGACAAUGUUCAUGUGACAAACAUUUUCUGAAUUAGGGAGGUUGAGCCUUAUUUUGUGUAAAUAGGAAAUGGGCAUUUGUUUUGAAUGGUUUGUGAUAUUGUCUGCCCUCCAAAGGCAGAAGUCAACAGUAUUCUUGGGGUCUGUACUGAGGCAUUUAAGCUAGCAUUACUAAAAUAAUAUGCCAUGGUUCUUGGAGUUCAAACUCAAAUGAAUUGCAAGCAGAUCUGAGAUACUGGCUGAAACUGAAACUACAUAUGGUGUCCUUUGCCUCUCUGUAUAUCUUGCCUGAGUUGGAGGGAACAGUCUAACAAAAUGCAACAGUUAUUCUGCCACUGUUGCUUAAACAUUGUGUGUUGUAUCUCUUUUAAAAAAGUAUGCUUUUCUAAUAAAAUGCAUUGUAAUAUA